AUGAAGCAAAGAUUCUCUUCUUUGGAUGUCAAGGUCAUCACGCAGGAAUUGGCAUCGGAGUGUGUCAACCUCCGAGUGUCCAACAUCUACGAUCUGUCCUCGCGUAUAUUCCUUUUCAAGCUCGCCAAGCCAGACCACCGACGCCAACUCAUUAUUGACUCCGGCUUUCGCACUCAUGUUACCCAAUAUUCGCGAACCGCGGCAACAACACCUUCACCCUUUGUGACCCGUCUUCGAAAGUACCUCAAGUCUCGUCGGAUUACAGGUAUCUCCCAAAUUGGAACCGAUCGCAUCAUCGACUUCUCUUUCAGCGAUGGCGCAUACCAUAUCUUCCUCGAAUUUUUUGCCGGUGGCAACAUUAUCUUGACGGACCGCGAAUACAACAUUCUUGCCGUCUUCCGCCAAGUUGCCGCCAGUGUGGGCCAGGAAGAGAUCAAGGUCGGACUUAAGUACACUGUAUCUAAUAAACAGAACUAUGAUGGGGUUCCGGACAUCACAGCGGAUCGAGUUCUGCAGACACUGGAAAACGCACAGGCGCUUUUCGCCCUAGAGGGAAAUGCACCCAAAAAGUCCAAGAAAAAGGGAACGGAUGUUCUGCGCAAGGCACUGUCGCAAGGCUUUCCUGAAUACCCUCCCUUGCUUCUAGACCACGUCUUUGCGAUCAAGGAAUUUGAUACUACAACUCCACUGGAGCAAGUCUUGGGGAGCCAAGAUAAGUUGCAGGCCGUGAAAGAAGUGCUAGAAGAAUCGAGGCGAAUUUCCAACACCUUUGAUUCUGGGGAAAGCCAUCCGGGCUACAUUGUUGCGAAAGAAGACACGCGACCCAUCCCAGAAGGAGAGACUGCGUCAAAGGCCCCGGCUCUGCUGUACGAAGACUUCCACCCUUUCAAACCUCGACAGUUUGAAAACAAACCAGGAACAAAGAUCCUGGAGUUCGAACGCUUCAAUGCCACGGUCGACGAGUAUUUCUCAUCCCUUGAAUCUCAACGCCUCGAGUCGCGAUUGACGGAGCGUGAGGAAGCGGCCAAGAAGAAGCUCGAAUCCGUGCGGUCGGAGCACAAAAAGCGGAUCGAUGAGCUCAAAAACGUGCAGGAACUUCACAUCCGCAAAGCGGAUGCUAUCCAGGACAACGUUUACCGAGUCCAGGAGGCAAUGGAUGCUGUCAACGGAUUAGGUCGCGGCAAUCCAGUGGCGCAGACCAUCAAGCUGCCCCUCAAACUGUACGAAAACACAGUCACCCUAGUUCUUGGGGAAGCCGGCGACGACGAGGAUGAAGACGAGGAGUUUUCUAGCAGCGAUGAAUCAGACUCGGACUCGGAGAACGAGGCAGAGCAAGAGACAGCCCGUGCGGAACGAGAGUCUAAGCUAUUGACAAUAGACAUUGACCUUGGCCUGAGCCCAUGGGCGAACGCAUCGCAAUACUACGACCAGAAGAAGCAAGCCUCGGAGAAGGAACAAAGGACAACCCAGUCGUCUGCGAAGGCAUUGAAGAGUCACGAGAAGAAGGUGACAACCGACCUCAAGCGAGGCUUGAAGAAAGAGAAGCAAGUGCUUCGACAGGCUCGGACGCCAUUCUGGUUCGAGAAAUUUAUCUUUUUCAUUUCUUCAGAGGGAUAUUUGGUCAUAGGUGCACGGGAUGCUAUGCAAAGCGAAUUGCUCUACCGACGUUAUCUGUCUAAGGGCGAUAUCUUUGUGCACGCUGACCUUGAAGGUGCGACGCCGAUCGUGGUGAAGAACCGAGCCGGUAGUGCAGAUGCACCGAUCUCCCCAAGCACGCUAUCCCAAGCCGGCAACCUUUGCGUCGCGACGUCAAGUGCUUGGGAUUCUAAGGCUGUCAUGUCUGCUUGGUGGGCGCAUGCUCAUCAGGUAUCGAAAAUCGCAGAGAAUGGUAGCGGAAUCAUGCCCACAGGUGUUUUCCAAAUCAAGGGAGAGAAGAACUUCUUGGCCCCAUCGCAACUGGUUCUUGGAUUUUGUAUUAUGUUCCAAAUCAGCCAGGAAAGCGUUCGGAACCACAAGCAGCGAUUUGACACAUCUGACGUUCCGCAAGCCGCUAUAACUACUACAGAUGAGACAGAGGCUUCUGAGGCGAAGGAUGCCGUAGAGCCAGAAACCCCAGAGCAGACAGAGACCGCCGAACAGGGCCCUGGAGAGAUUACCGAAGAGGCCACCGAAGAGGCAGAGAAGGAAGAUGCGGGAUCUGAAGAUGAGGAUGAAGAUGAGAAAGUCGCCACCAGAAACCCUCUCCAGCGAGGCAACUCGGAGCCCCUGACCUCUCAGCCAAGUCAAGAAUCGGACCCUGAGUCUGAGCCGGAAGAAGAAUCGAAGGAUGAGCCGGAGCAAGAAGUUGCAGAAGAUCAGCCGGAGGGCGAAGAAACCACAACGACAGCAGGAACAGCAGGUCAAAAUUCUGUGCUCGAACAAAAUGAAGAACCGAAUUUGAACGCUCGAGAGCGACGUACCUUGCGACAGGGCAAGCCUCUUGACCGUCCCGCUGAGGAAAAACCAGCUGCACCACGUAUCGCUCCCACUCGCGGCAAGCGGGCGAAAGACAAGCGCGCUGCUGCCAAGUAUGCUCAUCAAGACGAAGAUGAGCGGGAACUUGCUCUUCGUUUAGUGGGUGCCAACAAAGGCAAAGCAGCUAAGGCGGCCAAGGCAGCUGAAGCCAAGGAACAGCGUGAGCGAGAGGCCGAGGCGCAAAGGCAGCGACGCCGGGCCCAGCAUGAGCGUGCCGCCGAGGCCGAGCGGAAACGCCAGGCUCAAUUCACGGAAAAUGGAACGGACGACUACAACGAGGAGACAGCUGCCGCAGAAGCUGCAGAUCUCACUUGGAUUCCAGCCCUUGUGGGCACACCGACUCCGGAUGACGAAAUUAUUGCUGCUAUUCCAGUAUGCGCCCCAUGGGCUGCCCUUGGACGCUACAAAUACAAAGUUAAGCUGCAGCCUGGCUCAGUGAAGAAGGGCAAGGCCGUCAAGGAGAUCAUUGGUCGGUGGGUGUCCGAGACCACGACCGGGAAGGUCAAGAAGGAGCACGCCGAAGAUGUCGGGAUCUCUCGUGCUGAUGCUGAACGCCUCCGGGAACGGGAGGGAGAGCUCAUCAAGGGUUGGAAGGACACAGAGAUUAUCAACACUAUGGUUGUGGGCAAGGUGCGCAUCAUGACUGCAGGAGUUGGAAGCGGAGGAGGUGGUGAGAAGGGUAAGGGCAAAGGUGGAAAAGGUGGAGGUGGAGGUGGCAAAGGAGGUAGUAAGGGCAAGAAGAAAUGA